GGAUUAGGAUUAGGAAUUCGUCUCAUGAUCUAACGGAGUAUAAUUAUCCGCCCGAUUUUAUCCCAAUCCUUGGAUUCUAAAUGGAGAACGAGUUCAUCACAACCUACUUCGUGCGGCCCUUUGGGGCCAGCGCCGCCGCAGAGCCGCCGCCGCACAACGGCGUGGGUGUCUAUUUCACCCUGUGCACCUCCCAAUACGACAUCGACGCCGACAAGGGACUCCCGAUGAAGCAGGAAUCGAUCAACGCCGUGUGCCGCCACCUGAACAACGAGGGCCGUUAUCUCAUGAUCCAUGGCGUCCUGAUGAAGUGGAACCACGCCCUCGACUGCCGUACCAUGCUCUCCAUCACCCGGGAGGUGGUCGAGAAGGCGCGCCAGCAAUUGUCCCUCUGCAUCCGGGUCAUGAUCAGAGUGAAGAUCCUCUCCGUCCAGAUAAUCGCGGACGCAGGGUGGACGAAGAGGGCACGCGGGGCCCACAAAGAGGCGAUUUCGCGGGCGAAGAUGGCGUUUGUGCCGCACGAGGGCGUGCGGACGGCGAUCGAGUCCGCACUGAAGAGGAAGAGGAUGGAGAAUUACCGGCGUUACUGUGUCAUUUGCUUGGAGGAAAUGGCCGCCAAGAGGAUUGGGAAGAACAAGAUUGAUGAGAUAAGGGGAUGCAGUCAUCAAGUUGGGUACCAUUUUCACCAUGCCUGCAUCUCCUCCUGGCUCAAGGUAAAAACUUCUUGCCCUCUCUGUCGUCGAGAGAUCAAAAUUGUUUGCGUCAGACGGAGAGGACGCAGCUCAGAUGUCAAAGAAAGACUUCAACGUUCUGGUUUGAUUCCUGGCGGUAAAGACAAUGGAAGAUCAUCAUCAUCAUCCUUAGUAUGAAAUCCUUGCCCAGGUUGCACUCUUAGUUCAUCAAAUUAUAACACAAUUUAUUGGGGUUUUAUGAUGAGUUUCAUCUUUUUUUGCUCCCGAUAUGAAUUGUUUGCUCAGUUGAAGUUGUAAAUUAAAAAUUAUUGGAUGGUAAAUCCAGUUAAUCCAAUAUAUAGAAGGAGAUUUU